AUGUUGAUUUGGAAAUUAUAUUAUACUUUUCUUUUUAUUAUUGGUCUUACAGUCGGAGAAAUAAAAAAUAAAGGAUGGUGGAAAAAUGAAGUUUUCUAUCAGGUAUUUCCGCGAAGUUUUAUGGAUUCAAAUGGUGAUGGAAUUGGUGAUUUGAAUGGUAUUAUAAGUAAAUUAGAUCAUUUCGUUGAUAGUGGAAUAACAGCUAUAUGGAUGUCACCAAUAUAUUCUAGUCCUAUGAUCGAUUCCGGUUAUGAUAUUACGAAUUUUCGCGAUGUUGAUCAGAUAUUUGGUACAAUUCAUGACUUUGAAAAAUUAGUUCAGAAAGCUAAGAAGCUUGGAAUUAAAAUUAUUAUGGAUUUCGUACCUAAUCAUACAUCUAUUAAACAUAAAUGGUUCGUUAAGAGUGUUAAUAAUAUUGGUAAAUACAAAGAUUAUUAUAUUUGGCAUAAGGGACGAGAAAAUAAUACUAAACCACCAAAUAAUUGGAUCGGUGUUUUCGGUGGACCAGCCUGGACUUAUAAUAAAAAAAGAAAUUUAUGGUACUACCAUCAAUUCGAUUAUAGACAACCUGAUCUUAAUUACCGCAAUUAUAAAGUUGAAAUAGAAAUGAAAAAAAUUCUUCACUUUUGGUUAAGGAAAGGUAUUGAUGGAUUUCGAAUAGAUGCUGUUCCUAAUUUAUUUGAGAAUGACGAUUUGUUGGAUGAACCAUUAAGUAAUUUAAAAGGAUAUGUUGACGGAGAGUAUAGAUACCACGAUCAUAUUUAUACAACACACGAUUCAAGAGAUUACGAGAUAGUUGCACGUUGGAGAAAAAUUUUAGAUGAAUGGGCAAAUUAUCACAAUCAAGAAGAGAAGAUCGUGAUGACAGAAGUUUAUACACUCUCUUUUAAAGCUGUGAUGAAAUACUACAACUAUGGAUCUCACGUACCUUUCAAUUUUGAUUUCAUUAUAUCUAUUAACGAGACUUUGAAUGCCAGGCAAUAUAAAAACGUUAUCACUCGAUGGAUUGCUAAUUUACCGAGUGACAAAAGUGCUAAUUGGGUGACUAGUAAUCAUGAUACCGGUAGAUCUGCUUCAGUGGAUCCUAUAAGGCCUAACAUAAGAUUAAUAUUAUCCCUAAUUCUUCCUGGUAUAUCAUGCGUGUAUUAUGGGGAUGAAAUCGGUAUGGAAAAUAAUUUUAAUAUCACUUGGGAACAAACACAAGAUCCCCAAGCAUGUCGAACGGAUCCGAAAACUUAUCAGAAAGUAUCACGUGAUUUUUCUAGAACACCAUUUCAAUGGGAUGACACAAUGAAUGCAGGUUUUAGCAAAGCUAGAAAAACAUGGCUACCAGUUCAUAAGAAUUACAAAAUUUUAAAUUUAAAGAAUCAAAAAUUUGAACCUGAAUCUCAUUUCAAACUUUUUAAAACUCUUGUUGCACUGAAAAAGUCGUCGGAAACCUUGAAAAGUGGAUCAUUAAUAACCGAUACAUUAAAUAACGAUAAAGUUUUGGUUGUAUCACGCCAGUCGUCUAAUGAAAGUAUCGUUUUUAUCGUUAAUUUUUCUGACGAUGUUUCGCAAAAUGUUAAUCUUAAUAAAUACUUACCUGGAGCUGUGAGAGCUACUGUUAUCAUAUCAAGCGUCGGAUCAAAUAUCAGAUGGGGUACAUCUAUAAAAGUUCCGGAUGUAGAAUUACCACCAAGCAUUAUGUUACUACUAACUAGCAUAACAGUUGAAUCUACGUAAUUAAUUUGA